UCAAUGAAGAAUAGCACAGAAGUGAAAGAGUUCAUCCUCUUGGGAUUGACAAAUGACCCCAGUCUUCAGGUUCCCCUCCUCCUGGUAUUUUUGUUCAUCUACCUCACAACUCUAAUUGGGAAUGGGGGGAUGAUGCUGAUCAUCCGCUCAGACUCCCACCUCCACACUCCAAUGUACUUCUUCCUCAGUAACCUCUCCUUUGUAGAUCUGGGUUCCUCAUCUGCUGUAGCUCCCAAGAUGGUGGCUGCACUGCAGUCAGGGAACAAGGUCAUCUCCUACAAUGGAUGUGCUGCUCAGUUCUUCUUCUUUGCGGGUUUUGCCACUGUUGAGUGCUACCUUCUGGCCUCCAUGGCCUAUGACCGCCACGCAGCAGUGUGUAGGCCUCUUCAUUACACCACCACCACGACAGCAGGUGUGUGUGCCUUCCUGACCAUUGGCUCCUACGUCUGUGGCUUCCUCAAUGCCUCCAUCCACACAGCAGACACCUUCAGACUCUCUUUCUGUGGUUCCAACAAGAUUCAUCAUUUUUUCUGCGACAUGCCCCCACUCCUGGCCCUCUCAUGCUCUGACACACGCAUCAGCAAGUUGGUUGUCUUCUUUGUUGUGGGCUUCAAUGUCUUUUCCACCCUUCUGGUCAUCCUUAUAUCUUACCUCUUCAUAUUCAUUGCCAUUCAUAGGAUGCCUUCUGCCAAGGGACAGAAGAAAGCCUUCUCCACUUGUGCUUCACAUCUCACCGCUGUGUCCAUCUUCUAUGGCACAAUCAUCUUCAUGUACCUACAGCCCACUUCCAGCCAGUCCCUGGACACAGACAAAGUAACAUCUGUGUUUUACACAGUGGUGAUUCCCGUGCUGAAUCCUUUGAUCUACAGCCUUAGGAACCAAGAAGUGAAAAGUGCUCUCUGGAAAAUAUUUAACAAACAUUACCCAUAA